AUGGAGAGACCCGACACGGAUGUUGAUCAGCUUGAUAAUUCACUGCUAUACGUGAAUCCCAAACAGUUUCAUCGUAUACUCAAAAGACGCGUAACCCGACAGAGGGCCAGAGAGGCUACAGUCCAUGCGGCGUAUACCCGAGACGCCCAAGACAAUCGCACACAAGGGGCCUCAAGCUGCGCAUCUUCUGAAGAGGGAUCGAAGCAUAUCUCGGGACCGUCUAAUGUUGAGACGCAAUUUAGCCGUCGCUUGCCAUUCAGCAAGGAUAGGAAUGGCGUUGGGAAGGGAGACGAUGUUACCCUCUCCAUCCAGAGCUACUCUAUUGAAACCUCCAAGCCAUCCAUCGAUGUCAAAGACCACGGUCAGCUUGGAAUCAAUACUGAUGAUGGCCACUUCUCAGACUGGCCAUACAACUGCAGUUACUUCGUCUCCGAGCUCAUGAAUGCAGACGACCCAAUCUCCCAACUCAGAAGCGAUGCUGAGUUCUAUCCUGCCGACAGCAACACACCAGAAUGCUUCGCGGCUGUUGAUUUGACAGAGUCCGGAUCACACUCUUUUGUGCUCUCUCCAUCGGACAGUCAAUUCGAUGAACGGCUUCGGAUGUCUGAUUUGGCCUACGGCGAUACGCGCAUCCUCUUUGUUUCGCAGAAACGGCUAUGUCUCAAGAACUACACCACAAGCAGAUACGGACUCAAAUCUUCGACUUGGAUCAGGAUCUUGUCCUUGUGUGACAUACCGCCGGAUGCAGUCCAACUAAUUCACGAGAACAACGGUUGCCGGGGAGCUCAUACAUCGUUCUGCUGUGAUGUUAGGGGCAAGUCUUGUCGACUUAAGAUCCCCGACGACUCGCUUGGGGAGACGCUGUGUGCCUAUCAUAUCUGGGUGAAGCCGCGACCAUGGUGGAACGAAGAGCACUUUGUCUACGCUCGCCACGACUUCCAUUCGAGAAGGAAGCUCGUACUCGUCGUUGGCACUGCACUCGAAGCGCAACGGCAGCGUCUCUUGUCGCAAUUCCGCUCGGCAACGCAACCCCAUCUCUUCUCCGUCCUGCUUGCCCUUGCAAAGACGUGGACGAAAGACCUCGAAGAAUUUGUGUGGGAGCAAGACUUCAACACACAGCGGCUUGAGUCGGACACCGGGUGGUCCACCGUCGGCCAUACUCAACUGAAGCCUUUGCCGCGUGAGAAGCUCGCGCUCCGCAAAGAUAUCAUAUUUACCAAAGACGCGCUAUCACACGUGGUCCGGGCAUCAGAGUCCUUCGAUGAACUCUUCAGCUUCUUCUCAAAAGAGGUUCGCGCCAUCCCAUCUGACGGGCACAAUGUGAAUAUCCGUCCCGACCAGCUCAAAGACGCCUUCCUCCAACAAGGGUCCAAACAGUGGCACCAAAAGAGCCAAGCCCAAGGUCUCGUUGACCGCCUUGAUGCUCAAUGGAACAUUGUCAGUGCACUCAUAGCUCAGCAUAAUAACAGUCUGAACUAUCAGAUUGCAACCGAUUCAAGGGAUGACACAAUUGUCAUGCGGCGCAUCUCCUUUGUGACGAUAGCCUUUCUUCCUGCGACCUUUUUAGCCACUUUCUUCAGUAUGUCGUUCUUCCACGUCACCUCGGACGACAUAGCUGCGAGUCCUACAAUCUGGAUCUAUGUUGUCUGCGUCGUGCCACUGACCCUGGCCAUUGCCUGGCAGUCGAGUACUCGAGGCAUUUCCGCGGUGAAGUGGGUUGCAUCAAAGCUGCGGCGGAAGUCGCCCAAGAAGAGCGUUUUCUUCGAGGAUCAGGGAAGAGAAGACCGGGCGACCCGCGAGGCUCAGCAGAUGGCUUGA